AAGAACAAUUUUAUCAUUGUCUGAAUGAUCCCGACUUAUCAGAGGUAUCCGGCAGUCUCUGUACUGUGUUCCGACGGAAUGGCUGGUAACAAUAACAAGUGGGGAUACGUGGUGUGUUUUGGGACUAUUAUUACGUUCAUAGCCGGCAUCGGCCAUGUUAAUUCAUUUGGGCUCAUCUACAAUGACUUUAUUAAUGAGACGCAUUCGACAGCGAAGUCCCUGACGACGGCGCAUGGAGUCUUUGCCGUCAUGUUAGCUAUAGGAGGUCUGAUUCUCAACCUAGUAUCCAAGAAGCACUCCCUACGCGUAGGAGGUUUUUUAGGAGCAGUGACAUUCACAGUCGGCUCUGUCACCAACAUCUUUAUAUCCAGCACCAAUCAGCUGCCUCUCACCUUCGGAGUCCUCCAAGGCAUUGGUUUUGGCAUGAUGGUUCCAGUGUGCUAUGCCACUAUGAAUUACUACUUCGACAAGAAGAGAAGAACCACAGUUAUGAGCGUUUGCAAAGCUGUACAAGGGAUUAUACUAAUGGGAUACCCUCAAUUGCUCAGAAAGUUAGUUUCAAGCUACGGGUUCAGAGGAACAUUACUGAUACUAAGUGGGAUAUCCUUGCACACUGUACCGGGGAUGGCUAUUAUGAAGACUGAUGAAAAGUUUGUGAAAAUAAAAGCAGCAAAUGGUAAUGAUGUAGAAGAAGGGAAGGGAAAGGAAGGCAAGGGUAAAGAAAAUAAGAAGUUAUUAAAUCUUGCAGAAAAUGAGGUUAAUAAAGAGGAUGCUCGUAGCAACUCAAAUAAAAUCAGAUCUCAGAUAGCAGAGUUCUUCAAUUUGAAAGUGCUGAGGGAUCCAAUUUUCUUCAACAUCUGUUUGGGCCAAAGUUUCGUCAACUUCUCGGACAUCACUUUCUUUGUCUUCCAGCCGAUGCUGUUGUUUCAAUACGGCUAUGAUAAAAGUGAAGUAGCAACAUGCAUCUCAGUGUGCGCGGGCGCCGACGUGGCGGGCCGCUGUGCGCUUGCGCUGCUUAGCAGCUUGAUCCCCGUUAAUACCAGGCUACUGUUUUAUAUCACCACUCUACUCACACUCAUCACUAGGCUGGUGGUCCUCCAAAUUCGUUCCUUCGUCUCGAUGUGCGUGGUCACCGGAGCGCUAGGGGUGCUCCGCGCGUGUCUCCACGUGGCCAGCCCGCUGGUGGUCGCCAACCACGUCAACCACGCCGACUUUCCUGGCGCGUAUGCUCUCUUCAUGCUGUCUACUGGCGUGGUCAACGUUCUGUGCGCUCCUUUAAUAGGACUCCUAAAAGACGUGUUCUCGGACUACGUGCCAGCGUUUUACGCCCUGGUGGCCUGCUGCGCGCCGUGUCUCCUGUGCUGGCCCAUAGAGUACCUGCUCAUACGACACUUCUCAUCAUCAAUAUCCUAG